GCAGCGGCGCCGGGAGCGGGGCGAGGCGGCGGGGCGAGGCGGCCCGGUGUGCGGGCCCUGGGGCGCGGGAGGCUGCUGAGACGCCGCGGGGGAGCGCGAGAGCGCCGAGCAGGGCGGCGGAGCGCGGGGAGCCGGCGGCCCGGGCGGCCUCCGCUGUCGGGCUCACCCCCUCCCCGUGGGCAGCCAUGCGGGUGGCCAAGUGGCUGACCGGGCUGCUCUGCCCGAUCUCGCUCCUCCUCACUGGGUCUUGGGAAGUUCGUUUCCACCCACGACAGGAAGCCCUGGUGAAGACUCUGGCCUCCUACGAAGUGGUGACCCCCGCGAGGGUCAAUGAGUUCGGAGAUGUGUUCCCCCAGAACCGGCAUUUCAGCCGGAAGAAACGCAGCUCCGGGGUGCCGGAGCCUCCUCCGCUCAGGACCCACUACCGCAUCAGCGCCUAUGGGCAGCUCUUCCAGCUCAAUUUGAGCGCAGACGCGGCCUUCCUGGCUGCGGGCUACACCGAGGUGCACUUGGGGACCCCUGCGCCCCGGCCAGGCGGCCGCAGUGCAGAGCCCCCAGACCUGCGCCACUGUUUCUACCGUGGUCAGGUCAAUGCGCGAGAGGACCACACUGCGGUCUUCAGCCUCUGUGGGGGACUGAUGGGGACGUUCAGAGCGCAUGAUGGAGAGUAUUUCCUAGAGCCAGUCAUGGAAGCCGACGGGCGUGAACAUGAAGACGACCACAACAAGCCACAUUUGAUAUACAGGCAAGAACUAAACAGGAACUCCCUUGCGCGCUCUCGCGAGCCCUGUGACGUCUCAGAAAACCAAACGAAGAAAACCGCUCUGCCCCCUCGCAACUUCAGCAGCAUGACCGGAGAUGUUGAAGUGAAGAGGGAAGUGGCGGUGGCAUUCAGAUUGGACGGUGAAAGGAGUCGGUUACAUUCCAGGCACAAGCGCUUCCUCUCCUACCCCAGAUACGUGGAGGUCAUGGUUACGGCCGAUGCUAAGAUGCUGCACCAUCAUGGCCAGAAUCUGCAGCACUAUGUGCUCACACUGAUGUCAAUCGUCGCGGCAAUCUACAAGGACUCAAGCAUUGGGAACCUUAUAAAUAUAGUGAUCGUGAAGUUAGUUGUAAUUCACAGUGAGCAGGAAGGACCAGUCAUCAGUUUUAACGCAGCUACCACUUUACGCAACUUUUGCUUGUGGCAACAGACUCAGAAUGUUCUGGAUGAUGCUCACCCUUCCCACCACGAUACUGCUGUUCUCAUCACUAGGGAAGACAUUUGUGGAGCUAAAGAGAAAUGCGACACAUUAGGCUUAGCGGAGUUAGGUACCCUGUGCGAUCCUUUGCGGAGCUGCUCCAUUAGUGAGGAGAACGGGCUGAGUGCCGCCUUCACCAUCGCCCAUGAGCUUGGGCACGUGUUUAACGUUCCACAUGACGACAGUUUUAAAUGUAAAGAAGCUGGGAUCAAACAUCAGUAUCAUGUAAUGGCCCCAACUCUCAAUUACCACACGAGUCCUUGGACCUGGUCAGCAUGUAGUCAGAAGCAUAUAACGGAGUUUCUAGACACUGGCCAUGGAGAAUGCCUUCUUGACAAACCAAAUGGGAGAGUAUAUGACCUGUCUCCACAGCUUCCUGGCUCGGUGUAUGAUGGGAACAAACAAUGUGAGCUAAUGUUUGGUCCUGGAUCACAAGUGUGUCCCUAUUUGAAACAGUGUCGGCGCCUGUGGUGCACGAGCGCGGAAGGCGUCCACAAGGGGUGCCGCACCCAGCACAUGCCGCUGGCGGACGGGACGAGCUGCGGCCCUGGGAUGCACUGCCAUCGUGGGCUGUGUGUGACGAGGGACGUGGAAGCCCGUCCUGUGGACGGCGAAUGGGGGCCGUGGGGACCCUACAGCUCUUGCUCAAGAACGUGUGGAGGUGGAAUCAGAAGCACGACCAGGCUCUGUGAUCGUCCUGAGCCAAGAAACGGAGGAAGGUACUGUGUGGGCCGCAGGAUGAAAUUUCGAUCAUGUAACACUGAUUCAUGUCCAAAAGGCAAGGGAGACUUCCGAGAAAAGCAAUGCUCUGACUUUGAUGGUAAACAUUUCAACAUCAACGGCCUCCCCCCUAACGUGAGGUGGCUUCCGAAGUACAGCGGGAUUGCCAUAAAAGAUCGCUGUAAACUCUACUGCCGGGUGGCUGGGACCACCAGCUUCUACCAGCUGAGGGACAGGGUUGCUGACGGCACCCCCUGUGGGACUGAGACUAAUGACAUCUGCGUUCAGGGCCUUUGUCGGCAAGCUGGCUGCGAUCAUGUGUUGAACUCCAAGGCCAAGAGAGACAAAUGUGGAGUGUGUGGUGGAGAUAAUUCUUCGUGCCAGACCCUGGCGGGGGUUUUCAACAGUGCCCAUUACGGCUACAAUGUCGUCGUGAAGAUUCCCGCCGGGGCAACAAACAUUGAAAUCCUGCAGCACAGCUACUCUGGAAGACCGGAAGACGACAACUAUCUUGCACUCUCUGACACCCACGGGAACUUUCUCCUGAAUGGAAAUUUUGUUGUAAGUAUGGCAAAGAAAGAAAUCAACAUCCAGGGAGCUAUUUUUGAAUACAGUGGAUCAAACAACUCGAUUGAAAGGAUUAAUAGCACUGAUCGGCUGGAAGCUGAGCUCGUUCUGCAGGUGUUAUGUGUGGGUAAUUUAUACAACCCCGACGUGCACUAUUCCUUCAACAUCCCCAUUGAGGAGAGGAGUAAUCUGUUCUCCUGGGAUCCAUAUGGGCCGUGGCAAGACUGUACCAAAAUGUGCCAAGGUCUUCGUAGAAGGAAGAUUGCCUGCGUACGUAAGAGUGACCACACAGUUGUAUCUGACCAAAGUUGUGCCCACUUAACGCUGCCGCUGUCUGUGACUGAAAAGUGCAAUACAGAUUGCGAACUCAGGUGGUAUGUCACUGGCAAAAGCGACUGCUCGUCCCAGUGUGGCCUAGGGCACAGGACCCUCGACGUCCACUGCAUGAAGUACUCCAUUCAUAGAGGCCAGGCAGUCCCAGUCGACGGCCACUACUGUGGUGACCAGCUCAAACCUCCUACCCGAGAGCCAUGCCACGGCAGCUGUGUUGUGACAAGGUGGCAGUAUUCAGAGUGGUCCCAGUGUUCUAGGAGUUGUGGAGGAGGGGAGAAGACGCGAGAGGCCUACUGUGUAGAUGGCUUCGGCCGCCGCCUUGCUGAGCAGCAGUGUCAGGGGCUUCCUCGGGUGACGCUGGGGGACUGCAAUGAGUCUCCUUGUCCCAGUUGGGCAACUAGUGAGUGGAGUGAGUGUCCUGUCACGUGUGGAGAAGGAAUGAAGCAGCGGCAGGUUUGGUGUCAGCUGAGUGAAGACCACAUGACUGAUGCCUUCUGCAAUGCCAGCACCAAGCCCGAGUCGCUGAGACCCUGUGAGCUCCCAGCCUGUGCUUCUUGGCACGUGGGACCGUGGGGCUCUUGCACGGCCACCUGUGGACAUGGGUAUCAGAUGCGUGCUGUUAAGUGUGUUAGUGAGCUACAUGGCGCCGUGCUAGAUGACAGAGAAUGCCAGGGAGCCAGCCGGCCAAGCGACAGACAGGAAUGCGUAUUUGCACCCUGCCUGGCUAUUCCAAAGGUUGGGGCCACCUCCCUGCCAGCCAUUCCCCUGGGAAAGGCAGCCCAGUGGCGCCAUGGAUCUUGGACCCAAUGCUCUGCGUCCUGUGGAAGAGGCAGUCAGGCCCGUUACGUGAGCUGCCGUGAUGCCCAUGAUGGGGUAGCAGACGAGUCACACUGUGCCCACUUGCCUCGGCCUCCUGAAGUGUCUCUCUGCUUCAGCCCUUGUGGAGAAUGGCAGGCGGGGAACUGGUCACCGUGUUCGGCCUCCUGCGGACGUGGGAAAACCACUCGGCGCAUUUUAUGCAUGAACUACCACCAACUGGUUGAUGAGAGUUUCUGUGACCCCGAAGUCCGCCCUGUGACUGAGCAAGAGUGUCGCCUGGCAGCCUGCCCGCCCUCAUACAGCCAUUUCCCCAGCUCCUCCGAGCAGCCAAGCCAUAUUCCGGGCAGAAAUGUUCCACUAACUCACAAGCCGGAAGAGAAUCAAAAUCGGGGGGUCCGCCUGUCAAGCAGAGGAGACCAGUGGAGAACAGGCCCUUGGGGAGCAUGCUCCCGAAGCUGCGCAGGCGGUCUUCAGCACAGAGCUGUGGUCUGCCAGGACGAAGAUGGACGGAGCGCUGCUCACUGUGACGCAGCCUCGAAGCCCCCUGAGUCGAGGCGCUGUGGCUCUGGACCUUGUCCACACUGGAAUUAUGGGGACUGGGGAGAAUGCACACAGACAUGUGGUGGAGGAGUAAAAUCAAGAUUUGUGAUAUGCCAGUUUCCCAAUGGCCAAAGAGCACAAGAACACAACUGUGAACUUCCCAAGCCACCUAGCAUGAUGCAUUGUCACCUGCACGCCUGCCCUGAUGAUGCGUCCUGGUAUCGGGGACCAUGGAAAGCGUGCUCGGCUUCUUGUGGUAAAGGUAUAAAGCACCGGGAGGUUCUUUGCAUUGAUCAAUUUCAAAGGGAAUUAGAAGAAAACUAUUGUAGUCAUCUGCAGAAACCUCGAACUCACAAAGCUUGCAGAUCGGGACGAUGCCCUUCAUGGAAAGCCAAUAGAUGGAAGGAGUGCUCUGUGACCUGUGGGUCAGGGGUGCAGCAGAGAGAGGUCUACUGCAGACUGAGAGGCACCGGCCGAGUGGCUGAAGACAUGUGUGAUCCGUUCACCCGGCCUCAGGGGCAGCGGUACUGCUGGCAUCAAGACUGUGUGAGGUACCGGUGGACAACAGGAGACUGGCUAGACUGUUCAACAUCAUGUAAGAAGAAAGAGACCUAUCGGCUAGUGACGUGCACAAAUGAACAAAAUUUACAAGUGAAUGAAAGUUUCUGUGACCCUGUAACGAAACCUCUUUCGACCAAAAAGUGCAGGAAUCCUCACUGCAAGUAUGUGGUGUUAACCGGAGACUUGGCACAGUGUGCAGGUGACUGUGGGGUCACGUAUCCACAGAAGAUCACAUACUGCACUAGGGUCCAGUCCCUUAAGAAGCGCAUGUUCCGUGAGCUUCGGCCUGCAGAGUACGGAGAAUGCCCUGUGAUGCCAUCUCCUCCUAUACACAAAUGCGAUGUCAGAAGCUGUUUGCAUGCCGCCACUUGGAAAGUGGGGAAAUGGAGCAAGUGCUCAGUAACUUGUGGAAAUGGGAUAAUGGAGCGAAGAGUAGAAUGCAGGACUGAAAACGGUUGGCCCAGUGACUUAUGUUUAAAGCGUUUAAAGCCAGAUGCACAAAAGAAAUGUUAUGCCAAUGACUGUAGAUUAUUUACUACGUGCAAAGAAAUCCGAGUUACAAACAACAUUACCAAGGAUGGUGACUACGACCUUAACAUCAGGGGAAGAAGAAUGAAGAUCCAUUGCUCAGGCAUGCAACUGGAGAACCCUAGAGAAUAUUUACCACUGGUCAAAGGUGAUGACAACUUUUCAGAAGUAUAUGGCCUUAGACUUCAAAACCCGUAUGAAUGCCCCUUCAAUGGAAGCCGAAGGCAAGACUGCUCCUGUAAAGAUGACUACCUAUCUGCUGGAUACACUGUUUUCAGCAAAGUCAGAGUUGAUCUCACUUCCAUGCAGAUCAAAACUACGGAUCUUCUUUUCUCCCAGACACUGUUUGGAAAGGCAAUUCCGUUUGCCACAGCUGGAGACUGCUACAGUGCUGCCAGAUGCCCACAGGGGCAGUUCAGCAUUAAUUUAGCGGGAACCGGGAUGAAGAUUUCCAGCACGGCAAAGUGGCUCGCUCAGGGGAGGCAUACCUCCGUCAUCAUCCACAGAUCUCAAGAUGGAACCAAAGUCUACGGCAGAUGCGGAGGGUUCUGUGGGAAAUGCAUUCCUCACAUGGCUACGGGGCUCCCAAUUCAAGUACUCUGAACGUUUCAAAACUUGGAAGGACCGCAAAGGGGGUACUCCGAAAACACAGGUGCUUGGUGCUCCCUUCUCACUUCUGGCUUCCUGACGCUUCCAUGUUCACCGUCUUCUUGUCCGGGUGCUAAUCAGGGUUUCAGACCUCUUAAUAUUUAUGGAUUUUCAGGAGGAACCUGACAGGCAGAUCACCGCAAUCAGGAUCAUUUUUAAAAAUGUCAUAAUUUAUUAUACUGAGUCCAAGCAUGUUUGAGUGAAUUUUACCAAGAAAAUGUUGAUGUUCACAGCCUGGGCUGGACCAUGAUUAUAUCAUACAGUUAAACACACACAUAAAUAAACCCCUGAUCGGUUUCAUACCGUACAAUGAAGUGUUAUUGUCACUGUUAAAAUGGAUCAAAUAAGAAUUAGGAGAAAGUAUUUUUAAGUCACUAUAUUUUAAGCAUUAUUGAAUCUCUCAGCAAAUAUCAAGUGAACAGUCAUAUCGAAUAAGCACAUAGACAACAUCCUCUCUACUGAUAUGAUUUUGGCCCGUUGUUUUCUUUUUUUCUUUAAUUUUAUUUAUGAAUUUUGGUGCUUCAAUAAACAUGGUUCUAAAAAUGUAAUACAAUUUUUUUAUUAAAAAUUUGUGCUCAUGUUAAGUAUUAAAUAGAAAAAUUUGCAGCAAAACAGAGAAGAUAUGAGAUGCUGGGAUUUUAUUCUCAAGGCCUACCUCUAUAUACUUAUGAGCAGUGUGCUGUUUUUAUAAUGUUUAUUAUGCCUUUAUAGCUCAUAUAUGUUAACUACCCUUAAAGAUCUAUUUUCUCAAGGUUAAAUACUUUAUUUUGCUAACCAAGCAGAAAGAUGGAGAUUCUUAAAAUUCCAGUGAUCCUAAGUUUUGGUCAAUUCCUGAUUAAAAGAAAAAAAUUAUAAGAGGGUUCUUUAGAGGAGCAAUUAUAUCAGGGUUCUUUAGAGGAGAGGUUCUCAAUGUGUAGGUCACACCCCUUUGGGUGGAUUCUGUUUAAUGACCCUUUCUUUUUUUUCUUUUUUUGUCUAAUGACCCUUUUACAGGAGUCGCCUAAGACUUUAGUAAAACGUAGCUAUUUAUGAUUCAUAACAGUAGCAAAAUGAAAGUUAUGAAUUAGCAAUGAAAUAGUUUUAUGGUUGGGGUCACCACGACAUGUGAAACUGUAUUAAAGGGUCACAGCAUCAGGGAGAGUGAGAACCCUUAGUCUCGAGGAACAGGAUCGAUAACAUAUUUUAAAGGGACUUACUGAAUUGGGUUGCAGGCUGUAGUCUGUAUAACUCCAGUGGUAAUUGUCUUCACACUGGAGAGCUGGAUGCCCCAGCCAUCAAAGUCUGGUGCUAAUGGCCUGGACACUUACCUGAGCAAUGCUAGAGCCAUGCCGGAAUAAUACCAGAGCGAUAACGCUGGUCUUCAGUCCAUGUGAGAAAGCUGAAAAGCUGAUGUCAGAGGAAAUGACAGUCCAGCCAGUGAGUGCACCAGCAAAACACAAAGAAAAGCAGGAAAAAGUGAAAGCUUUCUCCUCCAAAGUUAGGGUGGAGCUUCCCCACAGUAAACCUAAUGGGACAGCCCUCCCAGGUGUGCACAGAUGGCCAGCCUUGUGCUGAUCUGUCACACGGAGGAUCAAUAGUGCCCAUCGCAGAGAAACUCAGCUGCUUUCUGCUGCGGAGUUCUCAAAGACAGAACAUGAAUGAAUAUAAAAAUCUGCCGCUAUAGCAGAUUCUCAGGUAUCAAGAGAUUGUUUUUAUGUGGAAAAUAUGUGCAUUAUAUGAUGAUAGAAUUUUUAAAAACAAAUUAACAAUUAUUUUCUUGUGUCGGUCCACCCCAUAAACAACAAGAUGGGCUUUACUAAUGCAUUUUACCAGUAAAUAUCAACGUACUAAUUUUACCCUCAAAGUGUUUUCUCUGAUAUUUGCUAGCAGGGAUGUAUAAGAGAGUUAGUCAGUGCCAGUGUGGUCAAACACUUGCUGAACUUUGAAACAAAGGGGAGAUUCUGCCAAUCAGUCACAGACAUUAAGACAAAAUGUAUGCUAUUUCCCAAUAAAUGUUUCAUUUGUUAUUAAAGCCUUGUAACUU